AAUGUGUGUACUUCUGUUCCAAAUCCAGUUCGUUUCAUUGGUUCGAUAAAUGUCGAGAAAUCGCGUCGUAUUUAAUAAAAUUUACGAUUUUUUUCGGCUAAUAUAUUUUACUUAGGAAUAUACUAUUUACGGUUUUCAUGAUCGAAGGCCAUUAAAGGCGGUGCAGGCUUAGUAAAUAUUUUCGUACUAUGGAGGCGUUCGUUAAAGACACAAUGGGCAUUGAGGAGGCAGGAAACAUAGUUGAAACGACCGAAAAUCUAGCAUAUAGGGCUUCGCAUGAUUCUAUUUCCGAAGCGGUCCAUGAUAAACUUGAUGGUAGCGGUAACAGUAAAUCCUCAAUUCCAGCGGAAGAAGAAAAAAUUCGUGCUUCUCGUUCAAAAAGUCGAUCACCUGAAAGAAGCAAUGGAGCUCGCAGUGGUUCUGAGCAUUCUAAUGCGAGUUCGAGACAUUCACGCAGCUCAUCAAAACAAUCCCCUACACGCAGUGUCUCAAAGAACUCGAACCGCUCUCAUCAUUCUCGUGGUGCCUCGAGAUGCUCGCGAAGCGGAUCUAGGAGGUCGCGAAGUGGUUCAACAUCAAACCGAUCCCGCAGCGGUUCAGGUCCAAGGAAUACUUCCAGGGACGAAAGACGCUCUCGGGAUGGAUCCGCCCGUUCUCGAAGUGGCUCAUUGCGAUCCCGCAGUGAGUCUGGCGGUAGGCGAUCUAGAAGUGGUUCUAGGCAAUCAAGAAGCGAUUCCAGGUCAUCUAAAAUUAACUCCAUGCGUUCGAGAAGUGGUUCUAGAAGGUCUAGAAGCGGCUCAAGACUAUCUGGAAGCGGAUCCAGGCUGUCAAGAAGUGGCUCCAGGCGGUCUAGAAGCGGAUCCAGGCGAUCUAGAAGCGAGUCCAGGCGAUCCAGAAGUGGCUCCAGGCGGUCUAGAAGCGGCUCUAUAUGGUCUAGAAGUGGAUCAAGGCGUUCGAAAAGCGGCUCCAGACGAUCUAGAAGUGGAUCCAAGCGAUCGAGAAGCGGCUCCAGGCGAUCCAGAAGUGGAUCUAUGCGAUCGAGAAGCGGCUCCAGGCGAUCUAGAAGCGGCUCCAGACUAUCUAGAAGUGGAUCCAGACGCUGUCGAAGAUCUCGAAGUGGAUCUCUGCGAUCUAGAAGUGGUUCACGCCGCUCCCGCAGUGGCUCUGGUUCUAGACGAUCCCGAAGUAAAUCAGGCUCUAGGCGCUCUCGUAGUGGGUCAGGAUCCAGGCAGUCGCGCAGUAGAUCAAGUCGCUCUCGCAGUCCUUCAGUCAAUUCUCAACGCAGCACCCAACGAUCUCAAAGCCGAUCUAGUAGCGUUGGAUCAAAGAGUAAGCGAAGCGGUGGAAAGGACAACUCGAGGCGCAAGAGAUUACUUCUCAGUGACUCUGAAGAUGAGUCUCCAAAAUCUCACAAAAAACGAGUCAAAAUCACAGACACGGACAACGAAGAGGAGGAGCAGGAGUGCGGCUUGGACAAAGCCAAAACUGAAAAUAAAAUAGUGGAGAGCUCUGACGAUGAGAACACUCCAAUUUCAAACGAGACAGAAAGCAGCAACUUUAUAUCAGACUUUGACGCAAUGCUGCAAAGAAAAAAAGCGGAGAAGCGCGUUCGUCGACGUAAAGGAGAUAUUGACAUAAUAAAUGAUAACGAUGACUUGAUUGAUCAGUUAAUCAUAAACAUGAAGAACGCUUCCGAUGACGAUCGGCAGCUCAACAUGCUGGGUCAGCCAGCCACGAAAAAGAUAUCUAUGCUAAAGCAAGUAAUGUCGCAAUUAAUUAAAAAACACUUUCAGCUAGCGUUUUUGGAGCACAAUAUUCUUAACGUACUUACUGAUUGGCUAGCGCCUCUACCUAACAAAAGUCUACCCUGCCUUCAAAUACGCGAAAGUAUUUUAAAAUUAUUGUCAGACUUUCCCACAAUCGAAAAGGGACUUCUAAAACAAUCUGGGAUAGGGAAGGCUGUUAUGUAUUUGUAUAAACACCCGCAAGAGACAAAGCAGAAUAGAGACCGAGCUGGCCGCCUCAUCUCCGAAUGGGCUCGUCCAAUAUUUAACUUGAGCUGCAAUUUCUCGGCGAUGAGCAAAGAGGAGCGGCAGGAGCGUGACCUCGCGCAAAUGUCGAAACAUCGCCUCAAGAGUCCUGAUCCGCAACCAGCUUCAACUAGUAAGGCACACGCGCAAUCCCUCAAUCAAACUCUUUCAGGCGAGGACAAACUGCUAAGACCAGGAGAUCCUGGAUGGGUCGCUCGCGCUCGUGUUCCCAUGCCAUCUAACAAGGACUACGUUAUAAGACCUAAGUCAACAGUCGAGGGCGAAAUCUCCAAGUCAACAAAGCGAAAGCCAAACCGCUACGAGAAGCACAUGAAGCGAUUUCUGGACUCCAAACGGUUAAAGGAAAGUCGCCGCGCAGUCGAAAUUUCUAUAGAGGGUCGCAAAAUGGCACUAUAAUUAGGAUUUUAGUUAUCUUUAAUAAAAUCAUCCAAACUAUAGAAAAAUAGUACCAAAUUAUAGUUUUCAAUAUAAUAAUAUUAAAACGAA